AUGGCGACGACGACGACGGACGCGGAUCCCGCGCCGCGACAACCGCCACCGCCGAGCGAGAACCAGAUCGCGGAGGAGAUGGGACGAGGCCUGCGGCAGUCCAUCAACGCCGCGGGGGGACAAGCGUCCGUGCGAGCGGCGCGAGACCUCGUGAAGGAGCUCUUGGACGCUCCCGUGAGCGCGACGGCGGUGAACGCGCUCGCGCAGAUCGUGGAAGACGAGUGGCAGCGCUACGAGGAUCUGUGCGGGGACAACAGCGGCUCGAACUGGAGGCAGUACCCCGUGGGAAGGAUCGUGUCGCUGUUCCACUCUCAGGACAGAAGAGAGAGCGACGAGGACUUCCUCGAGCGCGUGACGUACACGCCGCUCGUGGACAGAAACCAAACCCCGGGGAUGCUCGCCGCGUGCCUGCGCUUCGCGAGAGCGGUCUUGAGCGUGACCGGGUUCCAGUACCCGCUCACGGAGGAAAAUUUGGUCGAGAAAAUCCUGAAUUGGUCUCUCGGUCCGGGCGGCGGCGACGGACCCGGCGGCGGCGACGGCGGGAUCGCGGCCGUGGCCGCGGAGGCGGCCGUCGCGGCCGUCGCGAGCGCGCCGGAGUCCACGAAGGCGCUCGCAAGGGAGGCUGCGCUGAGCGCGAAAUUAGACGCGUUGCGCGUGCGGACGUACGCCUGGGGGGCGUUGUCCGUCGCCCUCGAACAGGAGGACGUCGCGUCCGCGCUCGUGCACAGGAGAAUAAUGGAGAAGAUCGUCGCGCCGCUGAAGCGGAGCGUGGUAGACGGCGAGGACGUCGACGGCGCGGACGUCGUCGAGGAGGCGCUGAGGGGCAGCGGCGGCGAGACCGCCGCGAAGGCGGCGGCGGCGGCGGCGGCGGCGGCGACGUCGCACCGUCUCGCCGUGGAUCACUUCCUCGCGCUGAGCGAAGAGGACAAGCGCGGGGAUAACCCCGCGCCGGAGAGCAUGUCGGCGUGGAUGCAAAAGAAAGGGAUGUGCGAGCUCCUGGACGUCGCGAAGCUCCCGGCGAGGCUCACGGAGGCGCGCAUGCGCGCGCUCGCCGCCGUCGGCGAGUACGUCGAAUGUUUCGGGCAGGCGCUGUCGUGCGGCGCCGUCGAGCUCGGCCUCGCGAUCGCGCACGGGCCGGGCGACGCGGGCUGGAGCUCCGAGGCGGCGCACGCGCGGGCGUUGGAGAAGCCCGCGAGAACGAGCGCGUCCUCGAAGAGAGGGCUCCCGCAGCUCCCGGAGUCUCUCGCGGCGUUGUGCGCGCUCCUGAAGCAUCGUAAGUUCGCCAACAUCUUCGUCGACAGAGGCGGCGUUCGCGCGCUUCUGUGCCUCCCGCGCGGGCCGCUGACGUACGACGGCUUCGCGCAGUGCCUGUUCGGGGUGUCGCAAGUCACGAGCGCGAUGGAGCGCCUCCUCGCGCCGCCUGCGAGAGGGGGUGCUGGGGGGGUCGGGGUCGGGGUCGGGGUCGGGUCCGGCGGCGGCGGCGGAUCUCACCUCGCGCGGCGGUGCGUCGACGCCGCGUUGGAGGCCAUCAACGGCGGGCACGACGACGCGCGCAAGCACGCGGCGAUGUUCCUGACGCUGUCGUUCCCGUUUCCGGCGAUCAUAGACGCGUUCGACGCCGCGGGGGGGCUGCGGAACGUCCUCAACUUACUCAGGCACACCGCGACGUUGGGCGGAGGCGCGAGCGCGAGCGCGAAGCAAACCGCCGGACACGCGUGUCACACGCUGCGGCAGUACUGCCGCGCGCACUUGCACCGGAGGAUCGCGCUGGAGCUCGCGCGCGAGAGCGGCGGUGGCGGCGACGGGAGGCGUCAGUCCGGCGGCGGCGGCGGCCCCGCGCAUGGCCCCGGGCACCGCGCGAUCGACCUCGGGCAAGCCGCGACGGACCGCAACCUGCACGUGGCUUCGCACAACCCAAAAGUCGCGACGGCGCUGCAGCGACAUCGGUGGCUCGUCAUGGACGCGUUCGUCGCGCAGGAAGGCCCGGACGUCCUCCUCGCGCUCGUGCAAGCCGCGCCCGGGGACCGGCACUUCCACGAGUGCGUCCCCGCCGGGUUAGCGGUCAUGCGGAUCGCGACGUUGUACCCCGCGGCGAAAGUCGCCACCGCGGGCGUCGCGUUGCGAGCGCCGGGCGACGACGAGCACGCGGAGAGCAGCACCGCGUCGAGCGUUCUCCUGGAGAUCGCGUCCCGCGCCGCGGCGGCGCAAGACUCGGACGCGGUCCUCGACGCGCUGCACAUCGUGUGUAACCUCGUGUCGCCGCCGCCCGCGCUGGCGGCGUCGGUGCACGCCGCCGCCGCCGCCGUCGCGAACGACGCGACGACGACGCCGUCGAAGCCGUCGACGAAGGACGGCGGGACGCCGACGGCGGGACGGCGGAAGAGCAAAGGCGGCGCGCUCGGGGGAGGAGGAAAUAAAGACGCCGCCGCGGGCGGCGGUCUCGCCGCGAUCGAGGCGCGGAUGCGCCCCGCGCGCGCGGCGCUCCGCGAAGCCGGCGGGAUACGAGGCCUCCUCUCGCUUCUCCUUCGCGGGACGAAGGCGCUGCCGUCGCCGAACAACGACGCGGCGAGGGCGCUGUGUUGCCGCGCGCUGCUGUCGCUCGCGCGGGACCCGUCCAUCGCGCAGACGCUGCAGACGCUUCAACUCGCGAGGCGACUGACGGAGAUCAUGCGCGACGUGCAGCGGCACGGCGGCGGCGGCGCGUCCGCGGCGAAGGCGACCGCGGACGGCGCGCGCGCGCGCCCGCCGACGAAACACGCUGGGCCGAACGCCGCCGGCGACGACGCCGCGGUCGCGAGCGCCGUCGCCGCGGAGCCCGCGGCGGAGUUCCAUCGCUUCGCGGUCGAGCUCGUCGCGCUCACCGCGGGUGGCGCCGCGCGAGGGAGCACCGCAGCGGCGGCGAGCGACGCCGCGACGGCGCCGCUUCGAAGGCUCGAGCGCCACGCCAUCGCGGCGGCGACCAAAGUGCAGUACUCGCACGCGGAGCUCUUAACACUCAUUCACGAGCACCUCGCGAACGCCGGGUUGCGGUCCACCGCGGCGGCGCUCGCCGCCGAGGCGCGACUCCCUCCCGGGACGACGACGACGACGACGACGACGCCGGCGUUGACGUCGCCGACGCCGACGGCGCCGUCGUUCGCGACGCACGCGUCGACCACGCCGAGGUUGACGCUGCGCGGCGCGUCGACGAAAAAGCCGGGCGCUUCCGCCGCGGGGCUGUUCCGCGGCGGGUCGUUCAGCGCGUCCGCGGGGACGUUCACCCUGGGGUUGACCGAGGCGGGCGAACCCGCGGGCGUCGUUCGAGUGGAGACGACGACCCCGGCGGCGCCGGGGGAGUCGAUGAGACCGCCGCCGCCGCCGCCGCCGAGCGCGACGCCGUCCGCGAAGCGCGCGAAGGCGACGAAGCGGGAGGACGAGAAGAAGACGAGCGCGGCGCCGGCGCCGUCGCCGCCGCCGCGUCGGUCGAGGCGGACGAGCGCGUCCACGCCAGCGCCCGAGACGGCGACGGAGAGACCGACGAAGGCGACGGGGAAGAUGACGUCGAAGAAGGCGGCGAGCGCGGCGAAGCAAACGCGCGGGUCCAAGCGCAAGGCGGCGACGCCCGCGGAGGAGAAACCGAAACCGAAACCGAAAUUGGCGCCGCCGUCGUCGACGAAGACGAAGACGAAGACGAAGACGGAGGAAAAAAAUCCCGCCGCGGUCGCGGUCGUGCUCGCGACGCCCACGCCGCCGCCGCGCCCGUCCUCCGCGAUGGGCCUCCUCGCCGGCGCCGGCGCCGGGAGCUGCUACGGCGGCGACCGCGGGAACGCGCUCACGCACAUGCACUUCCACGCGCACGGCGACCGACCAGGGUGCGGCGUGAAGAGCCGUUUGGAUUCCAUCGUGACGUCGUACCUGCGCGCGCAGCACAGGCAGUGCCACUACCCGAUCUCCGUGUGCGCGCCGUUCUCGCUGACGGAGACGCACAGCUGUCCGCAUCCGACGCAUCCGCUCUCCGCGCCGAAGAAUUUGUCCACCAGGCUCGCGCGCAGAGAGUGGCUGCUCGGGCACACCCGGGGAGGCGUCGGCGGCCGCGCCCGGGAUCGGCACUUCGUCUUUGGUCGAUUCCGCCCCGUGCGGUCGAUGCGCGACGAUUCCGCGAUGAUGACGUGCGCGGCGUUCGUCGGCGGCGACGGCGACCGCGUCCUCGCGGGCUCGCACGAGGGCGAACUUCGCUUGUUCGACGUCAUGAACGGCGACAUCAUCGAAGUCCACGACGGCGGCCACGGCGGUCCGAUUCGAACGCUGCGAACGAGCGACAAGACGUGCGCGAAGUCGCUCGCGAUCUCGUGCGGCGCCACGGAGGUUCAGCUCUGGGACGUGAGCAACAUGGGCCACGGCCCGACGGCCACGUUCGAAGGGUCUUGCGGCGGCGCGUUCGGCGCGAACGCGACGAAGCUCGCGGUCGUGGGCGAAGACCUCGUCGGUACGGUGCGUCUCAUCGACGUCGCGACGUCGGACGUCGUCGCGACGCUCACGCCGACGCCGCCGCGGGCGUCGCCGGACGCGCCCGCACCGCGUUUGCCGUACGCCGCGCGAUCCGCGGACGUGUGCUUCUCCCCCGGGGACGGCGGGUUACUCCUGUGGGGUCACCUCCUGUGGGACUCGAGGCUGCCGAAUCCGGUUCGAAGGUUCGAUCGAUUCAGCGACGGCGGCGGCGCGAGCUUCCACCCGAGCGGGAACGAGGUCGUCGUGAACAGCGAGGUUUGGGAUCUGCGCUCGGAUCGGUUGCUGAGAAGCGUCCCGGGGUUGGACGGGACGCAGCUGUGCUGGACCGGAACCGGGGACGUCGCGGUCGCGUCUUUUCGUCUUCCGAAAGAAGACCCGAUAUCGACGACGUUACGACGCACGAAGCACCCGCUUCGGUGCGCGUUUCGAACCGUGGACGCGAGCGAUUACUCCGAAAUCACGACGACGGAGAUUGAACGGUCGCUUCUGGACUGCUGCUGGGACCACGGCACGGACGCGCUGUGCGCGACCGUGGAAUACGACGCCGCGGACACGCACGACAGCGUCGUGCGCAUACACGAAGUCGGACGCAUGCGGCCCGGGGAGGAGGACAGCGACGCGGAGGACGCGGACGAAGCACAGUUUGGCGAAGGCGUCGACUCCGACUCGGAGAUCAGCGAGCUCGAGCUCGCGGCGAUGGAUCGCGACGACGACGACGACGACGACGACGACGUCGGCGAGAUCGAGGGGGAUUUGGAAUCGCUCGCGGGACUGCGCGCGCUCCUGGGGGGGCUCGGGCGGAGGGUUCGAGGCGCGUUCACGGCGCGCGACGAAGACGGCUCCGGCGAAGACGACGGAGACGACGACGAGGAGGACGACGAGGAAGCGUGGAGUCCCGACGACGGCGACGGGUCCGGCGAGGAGGAGGAAGACUUCGAGGACGAUGACGAGGACGGCGAAGGCGGCGACGAUGAAGAAGGCGGCGUGUACGUCGUCGUCGACUCCGAAGACGAAGGCGAAUCUGACGACUCCGACUCGGACGACGACGACGACGACGACGACGACGACGACGACGACUCCGAGUCCGUGUUGCUCAGCCUCUCGAGCGAGUUCGAGGGGGAAACGGACGAGGACGAGGACGAGGACGAGGACGGCGAUAGCGACGGCGGCGACAGCGGCGAGGGGAGCGGCUGGUUGCACGGUUGA